GCAGAUUGGUGAUUGAUUCCAGCAGACACAAAACUAUUCCAUGGAUGAAUCCAGACAGAACAUGCAACUGUUCCUGUCUAAACCAGAUUUUAAUGAACCUGAAAAUGACUAUGUUAAAAAGUUAGAGGAAAUAGAUGAAUAUCUUGACAAGCUGAAGAAGAUAGCUUCAUCAGGCUGCUCAUCUGAGGUGCUAAAUCUGGUAUUGAAUUCAAUGACAUCGCUUGCUAAAGUUCUAUCAACAAUGUCUUCGUCGAAGAAAAGACCUUUUGAAUCGAUUUGAGCAGGUUAAUUGUUCACUCAUUGUGGUAUAGGGGGCAAAUGGAGGUUGUAAGAGCAGUAAAUGUAUUGAACUAUUGCUCAAGACUAACAUAAUUAGGUUAAUAGAUUUGGCUUGUGUUAUUAUGUAUGUAUUACAUUGAUAUUUCUAUGUUUAAUCUACUUCUUUCUUGAUGUUAUCA